UUUCAAAGGCAGGAGAAAAUUUUGCUGUUGAAAAGCUUUUGUUGGUUGUAAGUUUGCCCGAUCUUUUUUCGUGUCUUUUCCCCAUUUCUAGCUAUAUGAUUGCAUGGCACCAACGCCCACCUGGUUCAUUUUUGCAAUUCAAGAUCACCCAGAAAAUUUCCUAAGGAAAAAAUUGUCGAAUUAUUUGGUUACCCCACUUUCCUUCUUGUGAAAAAUCCAAUUGCUUGAUUUCGUUUAUUUGCCAAAGGGAUUCAAACGAAAAUGGUUUAUCAUUCUACUUUUGCUGAUGAGGAAGGAAUUACUAAAGCCUGUGGCUGCCCUUUACUUCCUUUGAAAAGUCGUAAAAAGGGUCCUGGUCCUGCUCCUGUUUCAGAACAAGGCAAAACGGAUAUAGUUGAUGAAGCCAUCACAUUCUUUCGUUGCAAUGUCUUCUUUAGGAACUUCGAUAUUAAAGGCCCUGCAGAUAAGCUCCUUAUAUAUUUGACAUUCUACAUAAAUCUGUCUCUAAAGAAGCUUGAAGGUUGUAGAACCUUGGCUGAGGGGUCUAAGGCAAUUCUUAACUUAGGAGUGGAAAAUGUUACCAUACCUGGUGAAUCUGGUUUUCCUUUUACAGGGCUCUUUUCUCUUCCACAGUCUCAACAGGAAGCAGAAUUGCUGAGGGAUUAUCUGAAGCAAAUAAGAGAAGAGACGAGUGGGAGACUGUUGGGUGUUGCAUAUAGGCCUAAUGGAACACCAAAUAAGUGGUGGUUAGCAUUUGCAAAAAGGAAAUUCAUGAACAUUGCUCUUCUUGAUAAAUAACUUUUUACAUGUGAUAAGCCUGUUGAAAUUUUGAUAUUAUAACCUAGCAUGUUUUGAAUGCAUUCUGCAACAUAAAAGUAAAAAGAACCAGUUCACUAAUUGGAAACUGAUGUCAGCAGUUGCGUAUUAAAAACCAAAGACACUUACGUCUUAUACUGUGAAGUUAUUGGCAAUUCGUGCAUUGUUUUGUCUUUCUUGUUGGUUUCUGUACGUGGAUUUGAUUGAAAGAAAGUAGAAUGGGAGAUGGUAAAGCAUCAAUCAGCAGCAACCACUUUUCCGAAUGUUAAUUUGAUCUAAAGAUUCUAUAAAUUAACAAGCUUUUUCCUUUC